AUGACAAACGAUAAAGAAACAAGAUACGAUAGACAAUUAAGAUUAUGGGCAUCAAGUGGUCAAUCAAAAUUAGAAGAUUCUCAUGUUUGUUUAAUUAAUGCAACACCAACAGGAUCAGAAACUUUAAAGAAUUUAAUCUUACCAGGAAUUGGUGAAUAUACAAUUAUUGAUAAUAAAUUAGUAACUUCAACUGAUUUAUCAAGUAAUUUCUUUCUUAAGAAACCUGAUUUAAAUUGUUAUUUAUCAUGUGCUAUACUGAAUAAUUUAAAUGAAUUAAAUCAAGAAGUUAAAGGUCAUGCUAUAACAAGUUCAAUUGAAGAUAUUUUGAUUAAUGAAUCUGAAUCAUAUUGGGAGAAAUUUAAUAUUGUAAUUAUAAGUGAUUAUUUACCAAGUUUAAGAAAAUUAAUUGAAAUUCUUUGGUCCCGGCAAAUUCCUAUAUUAAUUAUAAAUUCAAUUGGUUAUUAUGGUUCUUUAAAUAUUUUGACUAAUGAAAUUACUGUAAUUGAAACUCAUGAUCCUUCAAAAUUAUUUGAUUUAAGAAUAGAUAAACCAUGGCCUGAAUUACAACAAUUUGCUGAUUCAUUUGAUUUAGAUAAAUUAAAUGAUGCUGAACAUUCUCAUGUUCCUUAUAUUGUCAUAUUUAUAAAAGCAUUAGAUAAAUGGAAAUCACUUCAUAAUGGUCAACCUCCUUUGACUUAUGCUGAUAAAAAAUUAUUUAAAAGUUAUAUUGAAUCAAUGUCAAGAAAUAUACAAUUAGAAACAAAUUUCAUGGAAGCUGCAAACUCAUAUCAUCGUGCAUGUCAAAAGACAGAAAUUCCUGAUUCAAUAAAUGCAUUAUUUAUAAAAUCAAAAGAAAGAGGUCUAGCUAAUGAUACUCCUAUAUUUUGGAUAUAUAUUGCUGCAUUAGAAAAUUUCGUAACUAAAAACAAUCAACAAUUACCUUUGGCUGGAAGUUUACCUGAUAUGGCCCUGGAUACCAAAAAUUAUAUUAAUUUACAAAAUAUAUAUCGUACAAAGGCAUUAAAAGAUCAAAAAUUAUUUACAGAAGAAGUUCAUGGGAUUUUAGAAUCAAUUGGAAGAAAUCCCACCGAUAUCCCAAAUGAAUCAAUAGCCGUAUUUUGUAAAAAUGUUCAAUUAUUAUUUGUAACUAUUGGAUCAAGAAAAUUGGUAGAUACUCAAUUAAUUGAAAAAUUGUAUCAAGAAUCUGAUGAUUCAGAUGAAUAUAAUACCCUAGCUAUUUAUUUUGCCAUACUUACAUUUAAUAUUUUUGUUGGACAAAAUGGUCGUAAUCCAACUAUUGAAGAUCUAGAUUCAUUUAUAAAGAUAUUUGGUCAAAAUUUUUCAAGUAGACCAAUACUGUUGUCAAUUGCAAAUUCAUUCAAAGAAAUAUUGGCUCAUAAUACAAGAAAUUAUCAUAAUUUAUGUAGUUUAAUGGGUGGAGUUGCUAGUCAAGAAGUAUUGAAAUUAACUACUUCUCAAUAUAUCCCAUUGGACAAUUUAUUUGUAUUUGAUGGAAUAAGAUCAAGUAGUGAACGGUAUAAAAUAGGUUCUCUUAAUUAG